CAAAAUUUUGAGCUUCCAUCAAGUUUUUGAGACAUAAACAUAUAAAGACAACCGACGUCCUCAUGGGCAUCGUUGCGAAACCUCCUCGUUUCAAGAUCCCGCUUUCGGUCAUCACCGUCUUCGUUUUUUCAUUCACGUUUAUCGUUCUAUUGUACACCGAGAGAAUCAACUUGUUGUCGUCCUCUGUGUUCAAGUCCAAAUCAUGUGCGAAAAGGGGUUAUUCCAAGUACAUAAGGAAGCCGUUCGAAGAUGAAAAAAACAGUACGAAGGAUGACAAAUUUAAGUCGAUUAUAGAUGAUAGAUUCAUCUUCGACCCAGAUGAAUGUAAUGUUGCUCAAGGGAAAUGGGUCUAUAAUCGCUCAUUCAAGCCUUUGUAUACCGACCUUUCUUGCCCAUAUCUCGAUCGGCAAGUGUCGUGUGUUAAGAACGGAAAGCCGGAUUCCGAUUACCGUCGAUGGGAGUGGCAACUCGAUGACUGCGUCCUUCCAAGAUUCGACGCAAGACUCGCACUUGAUAGAAUCAGAGGAAAGAGGAUGAUGUUCGUCGGAGAUUCCUUACAAAGAGGGCAAUGGCAAUCUUUUGUUUGUUUGGUUGAAUUUCUUGUACCGAAGGGUCAGAAAUCAAUGCGAAGAGGACGAGUUCAUUCGGUCUUCAAAAUAAAGGAUCACAAUGCGACGAUCGAGUUCUAUUGGGCACCAUUUCUGAUAGACUCAAACACAGAUGAAAAAAUAAUAGGAGAUCCAAAGAAGAGAAUACUCCGUGUUGAUUCCAUCGAAAAACAUGCCAAACAUUGGGUAGGAGUUGAUGUUCUCGUUUUCAAUACUUAUGUUUGGUGGAUGACUGGUUCGAAAAUCAGAUCCCUAUGGGGUUCAUUUGCAAAUGGCGAAGAUGGUUCAGAAGAAUUAGAUGCAGCGGUUUCUUAUAGAAUAGCAUUGAAGACAUGGGCAAAUUGGGUUGACUCAAAUGUCGAUCCGAACAAAACUCGUGUCUUCUUCACCACUAUGUCACCUACUCAUCAAAGGAGUGCGGACUGGAACAACAAAGGAGGUAUCAAAUGCUUCAACGAAACGAAACCAGUCACAAAAAGAGGACACUGGGGUACUGGUUCUGACAAGAGGAUAAUGAGUGUGGUUGCUAGUGUCGUGGGAAAAAUGAAAGUUCCAGUGACGUUCAUCAACGUAACACAACUAUCAGAAUACAGAGUAGAAGCCCAUUCGUCGAUUUACACAGAAAUGCAAGGCAAAUUGUUGACAGAUGAGCAAAAAGCCGACCCCUUCAAAUUCGCAGAUUGCAUACAUUGGUGUUUGCCAGGAGUUCCUGACACUUGGAAUCGAAUAUUACUUGCAAAUUUGUAAAAGUAAAGUAAAAAAUAAUCGGAUAAAAGAUACGAAUUAAAAUUUCAGCAGUAAAUACUUAAUAUGCUUGUUGUAAAACAUAAAAAUUUUACAACAAUUUUAUGCAUAAUUUAAGUAAUUACUAUUGAAUCUUUUGAAACAAACAUGUUAAUUACCAAAAGCACAAAUGUUGUUUUUUUUGUUUUUUUUACUUUUUAGUGUUUCCUAGCCAUUUAAGCAUGCAUAGGUUUGUUGGAUUAGAUGUGGAUUGGUAUUCUCGUGAGUGAAGGGUAACAAAGAAUUCAUUGUAAAUGUAUUAGAAGGGUACUCGCAUAAUAUA